UUGCGUGCGUCUGUUGUUGUUGUCUCGUUCCAGGUGAGUCUAUGAUGGCGGUGGACGAGGGCUCCUCCGCCUGUCUGUGUGGCGGGUUCCUGGGGGCCUCGGACCCUGACAGCCCCCCCGACCGGCUGACCUUUCACCUGGAGACUCCUCCUCGCCACGGCUUCCUGGAGAACACGCUGCCGACGCCCGGCUCCGAGAAGAGCAACGCAGGAGUCCGAGUCGAAUCCUUCAGUCUCGUCCACUUGACCUCCGGUUUCAUCAACUACGUCCAGUCGGAGAGCAAAGGGGCGGAGCCAACUGUCGACCAGCUGACCAUCAGUGUGAGUGACGGGCUGCACCGCUCCGCCCCCGUCCCCUUCUACAUCAUCAUCAGUCCAACUAAUGACGAGGCGCCUUCGCUGCUGCUCGCCAACUUCACCGUGAAGGAGGGCGGGAUGAGGGAGCUGACUCCGUCCAUACUGAACGGUUUUGACCUGGACGCGCCUCUGGACGUCCUGACCUUCACCGUGCUGCAGCCGCCGGCUCACGGCAGCCUGAUCAACGGCAUCUACGGCACCGAGAUGAGCCGCUACAAGCAGAUGGGAGCCGACCUCCUGCAGAGGAGCCUCCCCGUCACCUCCUUCACCCUGCAGGAGCUCCGACAGGGAGAAGCCCUCAGCGUCCUGCCUGUCCUGCACUGUGUUGUUAUGUACAUGUACAGUAUGUGUGUAUAUGGAGGCAUGAAGAUCGUGUACAUGCACGAUGACACAGAAACCCUGAAGGACGCCGUGGCUCUGCGGCUGACAGAUGGCGUCCACACAGUCCAGGGGACGGCGUGGGUCACCGUGCUGCCGGUCAACGACGAGACGCCGCGACUGCUCAAGAACGCCGGGUUGGAGGUGGACUCUGGCGAGCGCAGGGUGAUCUCCAGUGUUGCUCUGGAGGCCGAGGACCUGGACACGCCCCCAGACCAGGUGUACUACUUCCUCACUGCUGCUCCACGCUUCGGCAGACUGGAGCUCAAGACGGACUCGGGCUGGACGGAGCUGUCUGCCGGCCAGAACUUCACUCAGGACGACGUGGAGAUGAACCGCCUGUGGUACGCGCACGCCGCCGCCGCCAACGCGGCCGGGUUCAAAGGUCACGACAGCUUCCGCUUCACCCUCGGCGACCUGGACAACGAGAGUCCCGCACAGAGCUUCUUCAUCUCGGUCCACGCCGUGCAGAAAGGUGACCUGGUGCUGCAGAGUAAGGCGGUGCGUCUGACGGAGGGCCAGCGUGUCGUCCUGAACACCGACGUCCUGCUGGCGUCGGACUCGGCCGGGCGCCCGGAGCAGCUGGUCUACACGGUGUCUGUCCCGCCUCGACGCGGCCUCGUCCACGCCGUCCAUCAGCCCGGAGUCCCGCUGAUCGCCUUCACGCAGCUGGACGUGGCCGCGCACCGAGUGUGUUACACCCACGACAACAGCCACCACGCAGAGACGGACUCCUUCAGUUUUGUCGUCACCAACGGCGACUCUUCCCGCAGCGGCGUCCUCCACUUCACCAUCGAGCACGGCGACCGCAUCCCGCCCACCCUCAACCACAACACGGGCCUCCGGCUGCAGGACGGCUCCACAGAGACCAUCACCGCCGACCAGCUACAGCUCACCGACCCUGACACGCCCACCGCAAACCUGAGCUACGCCGUCACGCAGCCGCCGCGCCACGGUAAACUACUGCUGAGAGGAGCGCCGCUGUCACCGUCGCUGAGCUUCACCCAGACGGACGUGGACGAGCUGAACCUGGCUUACCGACACGACCCGGGCAGCCCGGCGGACAUCGACGGGUUCUACUUCCUGCCGACCGAUGGGAACAACAGAGGAUACCUGGAGUUCGGACAGCUGAGGGAGGAGCCCGCCGUCUUUAACAUACAGGUGGAUCGGUUGGACCGGAUACCUCCCAGUCUGACCACCAGGCGGAGUCCCAGCACAGUGGUGGAUCUGGGCGGCGGGCGCUACGGCAUCUUCGUCACCUCCAAACACCUGCAGGCCUCCGACCGCGACAGCCCCACAGAGGAGCUGGAGUUCUCCGUCACCAGACCGCCACACUUCGGCUACCUGGAGAAUGCUCUCACAGGAGCUUACAUCAAAGGUCGUUUCACCCAGCGGGACGUGGACCGGCGCGCCGUGGUGUUCGUCCUCCCGGCCGACAUGGAGGUGACGGCCGACAGCUUCCAGUUCCGCCUCACCGACCCGGCAGGAAACACGGCGCUGCCUGAGAUACUGGAGCUGUCCUGGUCUCGGGUGGAGUUGUCAGUGACCUGCUACAGAACCUGUGAGACUUCGGGGACACUUCAGAUCCAGAUCCAGCGCAGCGGGAAGAGCAUCGACCCGGCGUACGUCGCCAUCCAGGUGGAGGAAGGAUCGGCCAAACCGGGCAGAGACUUCACUCACAGCACCGCCGGGCUCAUCCAGUUUGACCCAGGAGUCAGCGUGAAAACCUGGAACAUUUACCUGAUAGACGACGGCCUGGAGGAAAACCACGAGACCUUCACCGUCACCCUGAAAAACCCCAAAAACGCCGUCCUGGGACAGAGGACGUCCGCGAGUGUCGAGAUCAUCGACCCCAGAGGAGGACGGUGCGAUCCGGAUGACCUGAGGGUGGAGGAGGAGGACAAGAGGCGACUCCCAGCUCCUCCUCGCCUCCCUGACCCUCCUAAACCGGAGGAGGAAGACCCCGUCACCGACAUCGAGGCGGAGCUGCUGUGGGAGAACCAGCCUCACCCUCCCCGGGGCGACGUGCCAAACCGACGGCCCUACCUGGACUACGGAGAGGGGGAACCACAGGACCAGGCGGGCCCCAGCUACAGCCACAUCCACUACCACAGCAGGCAGCUGCCAGGGACGGCCACUGGGGCCACUGGGGGCACUGGGGGCACUGGGCACAGGGUCAGACAUGGAGGACUAAAGGUGCAUCUGUCAGAGAGGAGGUCUGAGGAGAAGGUCUGGACGUUCCACAGUCUGACUCCUCUCCGGCUGGAGGAGCUGAAGCCGGGUGGUGCCGGGUGGAGCUCAGUGCCGCACAGCCCCCUCCUGCAGGAGCUCCCGGUCGGAGACCCUCCUCAGAUGGAUCAUCCAGGACCCAGACACCAUCCAGAGCUACGCCAGCGCAAGACGGGGAAGUCGAUCAGCAGCUCCUGUCCUGACGGCUGGACUCACUACAGGAGACGCUGUUACAUCCUCAGCUCGUCUGUGGCCAGCUGGGCCAGCGCCGAGAGGACCUGCUCGCUGGUGUUUAACAGCAGCCUGAGCAGCGUGCGGUCCAGAAGAGACACGGCCUGGCUGUGGAAGUUUGCAGGGAGGAAGCCGUUUUGGAUCGGUCUGUCUGGAGGUUCGAGUCGCUGGAUGUGGGCUGACGGUCGGUCAGCGUCCACCUCCAGACUGAAGGGGACGCCGGCGGGCCGCGGCGAGCCUGGCGUCGGCUCGGACUGCGUGCUGGUUGAAAACCCAAGAAGCUGGAUUUCCACAAGCUGCUCCCCCGAAACUCAACACGCAUUCAUCUGUUCAUCGUCGGCUCACACUCACUGAGACGUGGUCACUGCUACCAGUCGUGGCGACCUCUGUGAACGUGUCCAAGUCAUAUUUAAUGACACGCAAUGAUGCUGCUCUGUACAUUAGUUUUCAUAUUUUUGUCAUGAUAAAGGUUGCUGCACAAACAGAAAUGAGUCUGAGUCUCAGAAUUUAAGCUACUUAUUUUUUAUAUUUUUACUUCUACUCACCUACUUUUCACUUCACUGCAUUCAUCUGACAGAUUUAGUUACUUUACAAGUUAAGAUUUUUAUACAAAACGUAUAGAGAGCUUAAAAAUAUGUUUGUUAAAAUGAAACAAUGGUACCAGAAGUCAGAGACGAUGUGAUGAAUUACGUUUAAGCACAGCUGAAAUGAUUAGUCCAUUAAUCCGUUAAUUCAUUGAGAGAAAAUAAAUUAUUUUGACGGUUGAA